UUUCCAGUUAUACGUCAGAGAAAUAAUUCCGCUAGAAAAAUAGAAUCAAGAAAGGGUGGAAUGGCAACAAUGAUUGAAGAAAAUGGUCCAUCAACUCAUAGAGAAGAUUGAACAAGAUCUGCUAGUUUUGCCGAAAAUCUGUCAAUUUCGCCCUCGUGCUAGAAGCCACAGCCGCAAUUUUGGAAUGGCAAUGUCAGCCAAUCAGCUCCUUUGUUCAACACCACGUUCCAUUCCAUAAUGGCUGCCAGUGCUGUGGCUACCGCUAUCUAGCAUGUGGACGAAAAUCAGCAAAUCGUUAGAUCUUCUCGGUGUAACAGUUGGGAUAGUGGGACAAUUUGAAGUACAACACAUUUCUCAUCCCUGGAUUGAGGGGCAGAGUGAACUGUCAUCCUCUUCUUCCAGAGUGCGUCAGAAGCUGGAGAGCCUGCUGAACAAGAACAUGAGAAUCAGAAUGACAGACGGACGGACGCUGGUGGGACUGUUCUUGUGCACAGAUAGAGACUGCAACGUCAUCCUGGGGUCCGCUCAGGAGUUCCUCAAAUCCUCAGACUCCUUCUCCCAGGGUGAGCCCAGAGUGCUGGGUUUAGCCAUGAUUCCCGGCCACCACGUGGUCUCCAUCGAGGUGGAGUCAGACACCCUGGCCGACACACAGGGGUUCGGGGGCAGCCACUGAAGAACAAGCUGAGCUCACCCAAAGUCGGAGGACACGGUCCUAGAAAAGGCUACAGUACAGACUUGAAAUGGGAGAAUUCAAUCAAAGGAAUUCCAGAUGUGGCUGAUCUCUGGUGCCAGUGUCGUGGGUUUACCAGUCAGAGCCAAGAUAGGUGCGAAAUGUAACCAAGCAUCCCCAGUGACAUUAGUGUCUGUGAAGUUAAUACGGAGUAUAAAAGUUAUUUGCGCAAUAAGGGGCAUGGGACUGAGCCAGACGGUACAGUAUAUGUCUGUGUGAUAAAUGAUUUUCAAUAGAUUUCAGUAUUUAAACCUGUGUCUGAUCUGUCAAUGAGGAACGAUGCAGACGUUCCUUAUAUACUGGUAGUGCAGCAGUUACAUGUAGUUCAGAGCAUAUGAAUAGCUAAAGUGAAUUACCUACUUGACUUAAAACCCUUGGCUCCUAUUAGGAGCAUAAGUUCUUGGCAAAUGUCCUCCAUCUCACUCAUCAGGGCAAGUCUUUCCAGGUCACACCAUUUGAGGCCAUCAGUUAGCUGUUCAAGUCAAAUUUGAUUGGUCACAUAUACAUAUUUAGCAGAUGUUAUUGUGGGUGUAGCGACAGUAUCUAAUAAUUCACAACAAUGCUCACAUCUAAAAG